AUGACGUCAAGGAAGGACUCGGGUACGGCUGGCAAGAACGACAACGCCGUUCCAUCUACCACUAGCAAGUUAUCCCAGUCGUUGUCGACAAGCCAGCCCGGGUCGUCAGCUUGGGUCCCCUUGUACGCAGCGGAAGACGGUCACGACCAACUGCAGGACCAGAACGGCCCCUCUGUACCAGGAGAAGUUCCUUUCCGUGAAAACCUAAGGUCUGCGAAGUCGGCGGAGCCACCGAUAACACAUUCCAGUAGACCUGCCCAGCCCAGUGACAGCAGAUCCAGCGAUUUCGGCUCUCCGGCUACAGGGGGACCAAAGCACUCGGUACGACCAAACAGAUUUAAGAAGGGUGACGGCAGUGAACGAGACGACACCGUCGUCACAACCACGGUCACUACGUCUGCGAGAGACGACACAGUGGUCGCGGAACCAAGCUCUACAACGACCGCAGUCGACCCAUCCGAAUUCGGUGGAGCUUCAACACCUGCGGACAGUUUAGGUCGACAAGCUCGCGCCACUAGGACCGGUUCCCACGGUGCAAAUCCGAAACCGUCACGACGUGGUCCUCCGCAAGACGGUCCCGACAGCGCCGCUGGAAAACAUCUGAAGUCGAAGCACGGGCUCGUCGAUACAGUCACACGUCCUUACGAUGCGGUGACUCCAGCAAAUGAACCAGAAUCGAGUACGAACGUACUUGGCACUGGUCGUUUGGAACUGCCUUCUUCUCGGAAUAGGGCGUCAACAAGUUCCAGCGAACCUCGUCACCACGAACAAGAAGUCCGAAACACAAGUGCCGCGGCAGUGGUCAGGGACUCGCAGAUUCCAAGCAUGAAUGGCGGCGACAACCCGCCCGCAGGUGUGACGCUGACUCCGCGACCGAGUUCGGCCGGUCCGACCGCCGCGAAGCACGCUUCCAGGGGUCGCCCGCCGAAAGCCGAACCCGACAAAUCCGAACGCAGUCCUCAAGCGAGGAGGAAGUCCCAGAGGCUGCAGAGCCCCAGCCGCGGCCCAGAUGUGCCAGCUGCUCCGCUUGGCGAGCUUCGAGCUAAGACGACAAAGGCCACUCGAGCAACUGGAGACGCCCUCGACAAUGAAACGAAGGAGGAGGCCGGCAUGACGUUGUCAGUAUAA